UUUCUCCGUUCCUCCUAUCACAACAAUAACCCAAAAAAAAAAAAAAAAUUGAAUUACCUUUCUUAUUAUAUCGAUCUUCGAUUUAUAUCUCUCUUUGCCAUUUACUUUCAAAUUUGAAAUCUUUGGAAUGAUGAGAGUUUUUGUGUGCCUCUUUUGCUUUUAGAUCUGGAAUUGCAAUGAUUGCGGGAAGGGUCAUGUCUUCUGUUUGUACUAUCCCAUGGAGAAUGUAGAUGAUGGAAAAGAAUCAUCAAAUAGUGUGAAUAAAGUAGAAGACAGCAAUUCUGUACUUAUCUGUGGCCUUCCAGAUGAUAUAUCUCUAAUGUGUCUGGCAAGAGUUCCUAGAAAAUAUCAUCCAGUCCUGAAGUGUGUCUCAAAGAGAUGGAGGGACUUAAUUUGCAACGAAGAGUGGUGCACUUACCGUCGGAAGCACAAACUGGAAGAGACCUGGAUUUAUGCUCUGUGCAGGGACAAAUUGAAUGAGACUUUCUGUUAUGUUUUGGAUCCAACCGCCUCACUAAGAUAUUGGAAGCUGGUUGAUGGUAUUCCUCCUCAGGCCUCAAAAAGAAAAGGCAUGGGUUUUGAAGCUUUGGGAAAUAAGCUAUUCUUGUUGGGUGGUUGUAGCUGGUCAAUAGAUUGUACUGAUGAGGUUUAUUCAUAUGAUGCUUGCUCAAACUGUUGGGUUCAAGCUACUUCCAUGUCAACUGCUAGGUGUUUCUUUGCUUGUGAAGUUUUGGAUGAAAAACUAUAUGCUAUUGGAGGAUUAGCUUCAAAUCCAACCUAUUCUCAUUCUUGGGAUACUUUUGACCCUCUGACAAAUUGUUGGAGAUCUCAGAGAGACAUUGCUAUUUUUUCUGAUGUUGAAGAUUCAGUAGUUCUUGGUGGGAAGAUAUACGUCCGAUUUUCCAGAUACCCUGUAACUCCUCAUGUGUUUGCCAUAGUAUAUGAACCAUCAAGUGACACAUGGCAGUAUGCAGAUGCAGACAUGGUUUCAGGGUGGACAGGCCCUGCAGUUGUUGUGGAUGACACCCUUUAUGUCUUGGAUCAAACUUUAGGAACUAGGCUAAUGAUGUGGCACAAAGAGAAACGCCAGUGGAUACUGGUUGGAAAACUAUCACCACUGCUUACUAGACCACCCUGUCAGCUUGUUGCAGUUGGUAGAAGCAUUUUCAUUGUUGGGAAAAUGCUUAGCACUGUGGUUGUUGAUGUUGGUAAUUUGGGGAAUGAGGUGUUGAUGAGUUCUUCCAUACCAGGAUUGUUAUCUGAUUUCACUGUAAUAAGUUGUAAAUGCCUAUCAAUCUGAGCAUUAAUGAGUUUGUGUGUAUAUUCAUGUUAAGAUACAUGUAUCAAUGUUACAUGAUUUUUUUCUUUACUUGGUACAAUGGUACCAAGGUUUUUAACUUGUGAAUUUUUGUAAA